AUGUCCUCCUCGCGAACGGAAUCAACAUUCUCCGCAGAGUCGUACUUUGCGACACAGUCGGCUCCCCCCAACCUUGAACAAGACAUUCUCAAUGUCCGCACAUUCAUUCAGAGACAUGCACAAGCAGGGCGGAAGGUUGUGCUCGUGACGAGCGGGGGAACGACGGUGCCUCUGGAGCUCAACGUUGUCCGCUUUCUCGACAACUUCAGUGCUGGCACUCGUGGUGCAACAUCUGCAGAGUACUUCCUGAAAGCAGGCUACGCCGUCAUCUUCAUGCACCGCCAAUUCAGUCUGCAGCCUUUCAGCCGUCACUACUCCCACUCAACCCACCCCUUCCUCGACUUCCUCGAGAUCGAAUCAGAUGCCCCUGAGGAGACGGGUUCAGCGUCGCCUACGCACAUCAGCGUAAAAGCCUCGGAGCGAACGCAGCUAUUACAGGUCCUCACAGCAUACAAGGCGGUACAGAAGGCCGGAACGCUGCACACGCUCACAUUUGUCACGGUCAAUGACUACCUAUGGCUCUUGCGCGCAGUCAGCCAGGAACUUUCUGUCCUCGGCAGGCACGCUUUGUACUAUCUCGCGGCUGCGGUUAGCGACUUCUUCUUGCCCCGGCAGAAACUGUCCGAGCACAAGAUACAAUCAGGCAAAGGCAGCCUGCACAUUGAGAUGGACCAGGUGCCCAAGAUCCUCAAGCCUCUCGUCUCCGAGUGGACCCGUGGCGAAGGCUACAUAGUAUCUUUCAAGCUCGAGACCGACACCUCCCUGCUGAUACCCAAAGCACGCGCCGCCCUCUCGCGUUACGGCCAUCAGGCCGUCAUCGGCAACGACCUCCACACGCGCAAACACCAGGUCGUCUUCGUGUCACCUGUGCAGACCCAUAGUGCUCCUCCUGCAGCUGGUGACAAGCAGACGUUCACGGAGUCUUGGUUGAGGAUGGACCCAGUGCUCACGCCCGAGAAAGAGAUCGAGGAGGACAUUGUAAACAAAUUGGUGAACAGGCAUCAGACAUGGGCCAAUAUGCCUGGCAUAUGA